AUGCCUGCAGGGGCAGAUCUGCGAGGUGUGAGCCUUGGCCCUGCGGACCGCUUGGCUUUCCUGUCAGAGUGUGGCCAGGGCCCAUUUCUUGCAGGCCUCCCUGGGCAGUAUGCAGAGACAUCCAAUGGAAUCGACUUUCUCUUUCAGGAUGCCAAGGGCAACAGGCACCUCUUCGCAAGUUUUCCGGGCAUCUACACCAUGUGCUGGUGCAGGCCUCACGGCAAAGCAAACUGCGAGGCUGCCAGCGACUUCCAGGUUCUUGUGGGCUUGGUCCGACUUACUGGGCCUCUGCUGGGUCAGGCCUUCCAGUGCUUCUUUUCCAUUAACUGCACGGUCUCUGAGUUGCAGGGAUCUGGACUUGCAGUUGGGGACCAGCUGUUGCCCAUGCAGGAAUGUGGCACUUCGAGUCUGUCUGCGACUUUCCCAAGUGCACAGCCAUUCUAUGCUUUUCAUGAGCAAGGUGCUGAUGGCGAAGACAGGAUCACCUUUAACCUUGGGCUGUUGCCGUUGCAGGGGGCUUCUCCUGAGACUGUCCAACUGUGUUGGUGCCCUUCUUCUGCAAAAUGCCAAAUGUCGGAAUAUCGUGCUGCAGCAGUGCACUUGCAGAUCUCUUGCCCUCCUGGUACCUACGAGCUAGUGGCAAGGUCGAGAACAUGCCAGGCGUGCCCUCCAGGCUCUUACUGUCCUGGAGGGCCGGACGGCAGAUUGGAGCAUUGCCCGCACGGGAGCACUUCACCUGUGGAGUCAACCUCGAAGCAGGACUGCAGCUGUCGCCGUGGCUUCGGCUGGGAUUCGCAGCUCGAAGUCUGUUUGCCUUGCCCUGCCGGAUCCUUCAAGCAGCUGGUGGGCAACCAGCACUGCGACGCCCAGUGUCCCCAAGACACCACCUCCUCGGCAGGAGCCAUCGGUGAGUUACAGUGUUUCUGUGCAAGCGGAAAGGCGGACACGGACCCAUCGCCAGCCUUUAGCUGCACAGAUCUCACAGCCAGCUUGGUUGAGAUGCCGAGGCCUGCUGAGGCCGCCAUUUUCUCUUUCACUGGAAACAUUCAUGUGGAGCCGGGGCGUCUUCCGGAGCUACAACCUCUGCUAGAGGAAUACGUGGAAUCAGAGACUGGGCGAGCAUCGCUCAGUGUUGUGGCUACAUCGGUGGACGUCAGCUACACUCUCUCCAGCUAUGAGGAGGAGGCCGUGCGUGAAGCACAUGCCAAGUUCCUGGCAGACCCUUUCGAGGCCUGGGCCAUCAAACUUCCAGGUGAGUUGGCUCGCAUCACUGCGAACAGCGCGGCUAUCACCAGCGAGAGCAUCAGCUGCCCGGAGACAUGGAACUUUCCACCUGGGCCCAUCCGAAGUUUGGCCGAUUGCCGGUGCUCCUAUGGCCUGGAGCCUUCUGCUGACCUUUGCAGGAGAUGCCCUUUGGGCACCUACAAGGGGAUGGUUGGUGCUUCAAGCUGCACAAGUUGCCCGGAAGCAGGUGGCGGCCUCAACCUCGUCCGAACUACCUUACGAGAGGGUGCAGUGUCCGCUGGAGAAUGCGUCUGCCCAGCCGGAUACAUGAGUCCGGAUUCCACCAAUUCUGAUUGCCAGCCCUGCGAACAGGGUUUUUUCUGCUUUGGUGGCCGCCAGGAACCUUGCCCACCAUUGACGAUCACCCGGGCCCAAGCCGCCAGCAGCGUCACGGACUGCAUCUGCGAACAGGGCUACUUCGCUUCGGUAUCAGGUGUUUGCGAGCCUUGUGCUCCGGGCAGGUUUAAGCCGGAGGCUGGCAACGCCGAGUCGGAUUGCCAGACAUGCGCGGCUGGAACGUGGAGCAACACAUCCGGAGCAACCUCACACACAGCCUGCAUCCACUGCAUCCCAGGAUCCACCACGAAGAAUGACACAGCUACAGAGGAAGAUCUAUGCAUUCGUCCACUUCCUGGGCAGAUGCUGCGGUGCACUGCUGGCCGCACAUGUGAGGUUCGCAUCGCAGGGCACCAGCUACAUGAUGGCCACCGUAUGGCCCUCACCUCCAGUUCUGGCUGUAGCAGUGCCAACCAGCCUGUACCCAAUGUGGCAAACGAGGGCGUGUCGCAGCCCGCAUCUGAUCAAGGCCAACGGUAUGCCUGGCAGGGGGAUACGAAUGCCAUGGAUUUUGCCCCUCCAGGAGGCCACUACAGUCUUUGCUGGUGCGCCGACCUACCUGGGCUCAGCUGCACAAGCUUGGAAAGCUUCCAGAUUGAAGCCGGGCGUCUUCAAGUCGUGGGGCCUUUCGUGAACCAUAGCUUCACUUGUGUGCGAGGCCAAGACUGCACCGGAUUACCUUUACAGGGUGUGGGAUUUCUCACUGGGCAAGUGUCGCUGAGGACUGCCUGCGGCAAGUCAGGCUCGCUUCUCUCGCUUUCCCCCGCCAAUGGGAAUGCCACCGGGAUCGUUGAACAGGAUGCAUCAAGCGUGGCCUUCGUUCUGAGCUUUGGUGUGUCAGAUGCGUUCAGGGACCAUGGGCUCACCCUCGAUGCAAGCAAUGAUGGAUAUCGCUUAUGCUGGUGUGCACGCGACAGGCCUGGCGACAGGCCUGAAAGGUCUUGUGCUUUCGAUGACUUCGCUGUGGAUGCUGGCAGGUUGCGGGUAGAGGGUCCACGGACAAACCAGGAGGUAUCCUGCUCCGUCGGGCAGCCGUGUGCUCCCAAUGGUCUCGAGUCUGUUGGUGCUGUGGCAGGUGAUCGACUUAUGGUUCUCGCUGCUUGUGGCACGGGCUCUGCUAUGCCCGGCUUUCCUGGCGGUGGAAUUGCGGAGUAUGGUGCCGAUGGCUUCCGGUUUCUUGGCAGCUCGGAGGUCCUGCAGUCGUCGGCUGGGAUCUUUCGGCUUUGCUUUUGCCGGCCGCUUUCUACGAGCUGUGAUAAGCCAGCAGACUUCAAGGCCGCCGUAGGUUUCAUGACAGCUCGUGGCCCCUUCGAGCAGACAGCCCGCUGUACCGUGGGCAGCUCUUGUAUCAUCGAGCUGUCUGGUAUGGGUUUGGCUGAGAAUGAUUCUUUGGUGGUUGCAAGCUCCAAAUGCUCUGAGAGCAUCCAAUUUGGCGACCUCCAGAACCUAACCUUGCUGCGGCAGCCCAUGCGCAUUUACCUGGACAAUGCCACGCUGCAGUGCACUUUGGGUGAGAUCCUUUGGGAGGCACCGCCGGGUGUCUAUCAACUGUGUUGGUGCUCGCAAAACUCGGGCUGCGGCCUAGCAUCCUUCCGUGCGGCAGCAGGCCAUUUGCAGGUGACGUGUCCACAGGGCUUUUAUUCGCCUUCCUCGAGAUGUAGAGCUUGUGGUCGGGGCUUUUUUUGCCCUGGAGGCACGACAGCAAGGUUUCCAUGCAUGGGGGGCGGGACGACCCUCGGAGUGAAUGCGGUCGCGAGCACGGACUGUCUCUGCGACCGGGGCUACUUUGAAGAGCUUGGCACCUGCAAGCUCUGCCCCAGAGGCACCUACAAGUCCACUGCAGGAAGCUCGGAAUGUGCACGCUGCCCAUCAAAUUUCACGACUUUCAAGCCAGGAGCCGUGUCCAACUCUUCGUGCAUUGAGGAAAGCUCAAGCAGCAAAGAUGUUCAGAGCAACACUUCAGAGGUUCCAGCCAUAGUGUUCAACCUGUCACUUAGCCUUGCCGAAGGUGAUGCUGAUGAGGCUGGUUCCGAGUUCAGCGAGACGGUGAGGAAGCAGCUCCGUGCAGCUCUGCUCAGCAGCAUCUUGGCAUCGGUUCGGCUGGAUGCAAGUGUGGUGGAACUCAACUUCGCCAAUUUCACCAAUGCCAGCUUUCUGGGUCGACGCCUGGCUCAGUCCCUCAUGGCAGCCGUCACCAUGCGAUACCCAACGACCGAAGCCGCAGAAGGUUUGCAGAGCGAGCUGGACUGGAACGCCUUACGUGAUGAGCUUGGCCUUGCCCUACAGCAGGACGAGAACCUGAAAGGGUUUGAGGUGAACGCGAUAUCGGCUGCAGAGUUAUCCUCGGUGUAUGUCGUUUGCCCAGCGAAUGCAGCAAAACCGCCCGGAGUCACUCUGAUGCGGCCGGAGGACUGCGCCUGUAAUCCGGGCUUUGGCUACGAUGAAGGUGCCUGCAGGGCCUGUGCUCUAGGAGAGUACAAGUCAGCGCUUAGCAACGAGCGCUGUGAAAAGUGCCCCGAGUGGACCUCAACUCAGAAAACAGGCGCCACAGAGCAAGAGGAGUGUAAGUGUGAAGCGGGCAGGUAUAGAAAGGAUCAGUGUGCUCACUGCCCAAAGGGGUCUUACUGCCCCGGCUCAGGAGAAAAAGUGCCCUGUCCAUUCAAUUCCACCACAGAAUCUGGUGGAUCAUCCUCCAGCGCAGACUGCAAGUGUCUGCCUGGACACCAGCCCUCAGAACCCUCAGAUUCCCCGCCUUGCGAGCCUUGCCAGCCCGGCCGGUACAAGAGAAGCGUGAGCAAUGAGAAGUGCUUCGAAACCUGCCCGUCCAAUGCAAACAGCCCGCCGGCGUCCACCGAGCCGGGCAAUUGCUCGUGCAAUGAAGAUCACUACGCCCAGCUUAAUGAUGAGGACGAGCUGGACAGAUGUGCGCCAUGCACCUUCAACGGGCUACGUUGUUCGGGCGGCUUCCUUCAGAACGGCAGCCAUGCACAGCCUGAAGCCAAGGUAGGUUGGUACAAGACCGGCAAGACCCUGGCAGUGCAGUGCCUCGUUCGGGAUGCUGCCGGCGCCAGUGUGUGUCAGGGCGAGAAUCGCUGCGCCGAAGGUUCCACUGGGUGGCUGUGCGGCGAGUGCCCAGCGCAGUGGGGCCGCCGUGGGCACCUGGAGUUCUGCAGGCAAUGCCCCGAUUCGAGCUCGGCCUGGCUCGCCACGUCCAUCCUACUGGACCUGGGACGCAUCACAUCCCUGAACUUUAUCAUGGCGGUGCUCAGUGCCCAAGGAGCCGCGAAGCAGAUGAAGCUCCACACGACAAUACUCCGCAUUUUCCAGCGGUGGAAGGAUGCCUGCUCCGUCCUCCUGAGCUGUGACUAUGUUAAAGGUGCGGAGUCAAAGGUGGAGUCAUGGAGGAGUCGCUAG